CCUGACGGCAGGGAGAGGUGUGUGAGGGUGUACACACACACACACACACACACACACAGGAUGGAUAGAGAGUGUGUGCCUGCGGACGCACAGUAGAGAUGUUCAUCACUGUGCUGCAUGGUGAGGGAAGAGUGGAACUCUUCAACCUUGACUGCAGGAUCAUGAACUUCAUCCACUCUUUGAAAGAACGAUGCCAAGUGGAUCCACAAGACCAUGUGGAUCUGAUGGAUAAGUGUGGGGAGCUGAUGGGUCUGCCGGAGAGUGAGCAGAGCCUGGACUCGACCUGCACUCUUCUGCGGGAGAGACAAACCUACAUCCUCAUGCUGGCGAGAGGUUCUUCUGAAGGAGCUGAGGUCCAGAGGUACGUCCCACUGCUUGCUGACGUGGGCAGGAUGCAUCCGGAGCUAGCAGAUGUGCUGCGGAAGCUUUCAAACCCUUCAAAAGAGAAUGACAAAAAGCUUGGUGCACCCAGAAGAGGACAGCAAACACAUACCAGAAACCGACCAAACGCAAGUGUGAAGAAAAAUGCCUCAACACCCAGAAGCUAACAGCUACCUGUCACCUGUUUGGACUGAUGUUAUGUUAUAUGGAAUUUUGCAUAUGCUUUUGUCAAAACUAGCAUAAACACUAUACUUUCAAAUAAAGUCAAAACGCUUA